GAAGUUACAAGUGCGCCGUUAAAAUUCCAAUUGUAAAAUACAACGUUCCGCAUGUGAGAUUCCAACGGGCUUCCUAUAAAAUGUCAACAGACCUUGGCUUCCAUCCCCAUCAACCAAAACGUCUUGAAAUUGUUCCAUCAUUAAGCUUGCACGACCAAAAGCCAUGUCCGAGCUGCAUAAACGCCAGGGUCCUGGCAAAUUUGUCGACACGGGCUCUCUGAAUGUUCCGCCCAGCACAAAUGAUUCUGUACUGCCUUCGGUGUUGUCUGGGUUUGGCUUUUCUUGUCUUGUGAUCCUGACAUUUUUUGCUGUCCUGGGGGCUUGGUUUCUAUCCCCCGAGGAACCUUCGCCGCUGUCGCAUUCAUAUGCAGUCUGCUCCCGCUCAGGUGCCCGGAUUUACACUGUAGAUCAGGCUGUAUCAAACGUCCAGUGCCUUGUGGUGGACGGAUCUUUUAUCCUGGACACUGGUACCUUGGAGAAUAUCAUGACACGUUGGGUUGCUAGAGGUCGUCGUCGUUCUUCUCUGCAAAUACGCUAUUUGGACAAAUCUUCAAUCGUGGUUCCGGGGCUGAGUGAUUCACAUGCACACAUUCUUGAAUACGGCGCGAAUAGGCUACUUCCUCUCGAAGGUGGAAAGACGAUCGAAGAAACAGUUGAACUUAUCCGACAAUAUAUUUUGGACAACAACGACGUACUCAGUGAUCCUUCAAAAUCUAUUGAAGGUUGGGGAUGGGACCACACUUCUUGGCCAGUGGAAGAAUGGCCAACUUCGGACGCCCUAGAAAAGGACCCGAUAGUGCGCGGCCGGCCAGUCGUCCUACAAAGCAAAGAUGGCCAUGCAUUGUGGAUUUCGAAGAAAGCUCUCGAAUUGAGUUCCCCGUGGCCAUCGGAAGUAGAAGGUGGCGUCAUCGUGAAAGAUUCAUUUGGGACUCCACUCGGCGUCUUUCUUGACAACGCCCAGGACCUGGUGAAAAGACCGGCUCCAACUGAACGAGACUUGCUGAAACGUUUCAAUACUGCGGUCAACGAUGCUUUGUCCUGGGGUUUAACCUCCAUCCAUGAUGCGGGGUUCAGCCCUGUUUCACUGGAGUUCUUCACAAGGCAGGCGGCAGCAGGAAAUCUUCCCGUUCGAAUUUAUGGGAUGAGAUACUUCGAGGAAAGCGGUCCUUACUGGGGAAAUCUCUCAAAACCAAUCAUCAAUGCAGGAAAUGGCAGGCUAAACGUUCGCAGUGUCAAGAUUUUUGCUGACGGUGCUUUACGCUCUGGUGGAGCAGCGCUGAACGAGCCUUACUGUGAUAAUCCCCGCACGAAAGGAUUCAUGCGUUUGGACCCUAAAGUCUUGAUUGAUGUCAUACCCAAGUAUCUAAGAGAUGGAUGGCAAGUUAAUGUCCAUGCCAUCGGGGAUUAUGCAAACGGUAUAGUUUUGGACACAUUCGAGACCGCUUUGAAGGAAGUCAAUGUAACAGCACUCAGGCCUCGCCUAGAACAUGCACAGAUCCUGACAGAGACCGACAUGGAACGUGUCGGAAAGCUUGGAGUGAUUGCCAGCGUUCAACCUACACAUGCUAUCAGUGACAUGUGGUUUGCGGAAGACCGUCUUGGCCCUGAGCGAGUAAAGGGUUUAUAUGCCUUCCGCUCCUUACUCGACCACGGUUCUCGACUUGCCCUUGGCUCUGACUCCCCUGUGGAAGACAUGAACCCUCUCUCUGGAUUCUAUGCAGCCGUUACUAGACUGUCUCCUGAAGGAAAAUCACCCAAUGGCCCUUCGGGAUGGUUUCCAGAACAGCGGUUGACUCGCAUAGAAGCCUUAAGAGGCAUGACAAUCGAUGCUGCGUAUGCUUCAUUUACCGAAGGCAGCCUGGGUUCCCUCGUUCCAGGAAAACGGGCGGACUACGUUGUCUUAUCGCAAGACAUAAUGACUAUCCCCGCUAAUCAGAUUCUAAGCACCAAAGUUCAUGCUACGGUGAUUGAUGGGCGUCCUGCGUUUGGGCGCGUUUAGGACAUGGUGGAUGGAGGUGUGCCAGGGUGUAUCCAGAGCAGUCUAUUUGGAGUUCUAUGGUACACAGGACAGACUCCCUUGCUUACUCCCAAAAUACUAUGUCUCCUUUACUUUGUUCUUUCUUGAAUUUGUAGUGCAAAAUAUUGGUUCCUUCACCAAA